GAGAAGCUUGGGAGAGAGAUUCCUGGAAAAGAUAAGGCGACAACACACCAGUUCUUAAUUAAGCCCAUCUCUUCUGUGGCUCAUCUCAAACUGAACAUGAAGCCCGAGUUGGCUAACUUCACCUCCCCUAAGGCAUUCCUCACGGUCGUGUUUGAUGAGAUCGGAAUCGGACUGUCCAAACGACAGUACAAUGAUGUCCUAGAGAUGCUGGAGUCUGCAGAGAGAAUGUACCUGAUGAGUGUUUAUAGGAAAUAUCGCCCUAAUGUUCCACUCCAUAAAAACGCCAAAACAUGGUGGCACUUUGCUCGGGACAGUGUCCUGGAAGAGAAAGUUCGUAGACGGCGCCGCAUGUUUUCCUGGGAUCACAUCAUGAAGCACCGUGUCGCCAUGAAGAAGUACAGAGACAUGUACACCAAGAGGUUAGCCAAUCCUAAAAGUGUGUCAAAGGAUAUACAAAGAGAAAUAGAGGAAUAUGAGAAGUUUCUGGACGUGUUUUCUAUCACUCUGAUGAGAGGACAGGCGGAGGUCGAGGCAGCUAAGCUCGGGGCGAAGAAGGAGGAGGAGAAAUCAGGAGGGUGGUUCGGGGGGUUGUUUGGUGGAAAGAAGAAAAAGAAGGAAGACAAGGAGGAGAAAGACAUCAAGGAACAGUUUCAAGAUGAGUUUAAUGAGAAAGAGAAAGCCAAGCUUUACCAGGCCAUUGGUUACCAAGAGAACGAGGCGGAUCCGACCUUACCCCGAGAGUACGUAGCAGUGAGACUGGUAACCAAGCUGAGUGGUUUGUCUGUGACUCUCAAUGACGAGUCAAAGAAGGAGCCACAGAUUCUUAAACUGCAGUUGAGAGACGUGUAUGCAAGUGUAGGUCAAAGGCCAGCGGAUAGUGCAAUACAGGUGGAAGGGAAGAUAGAUAGAUUCAUAGUGGCCGGUUCACCACAAGGGGGCAGCACUCCCAAAAUAGUGGUGUCCUUAAACGAGGAUAAGAAGGUGGUGUACUCCCUGCUGAACUUUAACUUUGAGACGAAUCCGCUGGACCGUAGCUGUGACACCAGGGUCGUUCUGGAUGCCCGACCGUUACAGAUCAUUUAUGAUGCAAUUUCUAUCAACAACAUGGCAGACUUUUUCAAACCACCAAAGGAGGUCUACCUUAAGCAGUUGUCGAGAGCUGCUAUGGCGAAGUUUGAGGACAUCAAAGAGCAGUCUGCGACAGGACUGAAGCACGCAAUAGAACAACACAAGUAUACAGACAUACGAGUGGACCUCAAGCCGUCCCAUGUCAUUAUACCACACGGGGGAUACUAUAAAAAGGGUGCUGUAAACAUUCUUGUCCUUGACCUUGGAAAUUUGAAGGUCAAUAGUGAGAAAAAUAAAGUUGGAGACAGCAAGUCCUUAGCUGUAGAAGACAUGAUGUCCAGGGCGUACGACAACUUCAAAAUCAAGUUGGAUCAGAUUCAAAUAUUAUUCGCAAAACCAGGAGAGGACUGGAAUUCCGUCAGAUCAGCUGAAAAGUCCCCUCAGCAUGUCCUACACCCCAUCUCUAUCAACCUCCUCCUACAGAAGAGCAUGUUUGACAAUGAUCGACGAAUGGCAAAGAUCAAGGUCUCUGGGGAUCUCCCCCUGCUGAGCCUCAGCCUGUCUGACCUGAGGUUACAGGAGAUUCUCCAGUUAGCCCAGAGUAUCCCCCUACCGGAGGGAGAGGAAGCAGUGGGACUGGAGGAGGAGGAAUUGUUUGCAGAUGCCCUUGACGUACCUCUGGACAUUAACGAGAACCAGUUAAUGAAGAAAGUGGUGGAUGUGUCAGCAGAACUGGCGGAAAUGGAGAAUCUGAAGUCUCCCCGCCCACAGGAAAUAGUCAACAGAACCAUGAUGGAGAUGAAGUUUGAGAUCAAACAG